CAAUAACAUAAUUAUUUAUUUGUUCUGAAGAAAUACGUAUGUUAUUCGCUAGUGUUUUUGAUUUGUCAAUUCACGAAUCACCUAAAAUGAUGACACACUCAGUGUCUGCGAUAGCAAAGAGGUCAAUGUCUUAGCGUAUCGAUUGAAAUGCGGUUUCGGUGUUGCAUAUAUGCCUGCACAUCAGAAAGGAUUAAGCUGCUAUUUUUUAUUUUAGAAGUAUUUUCCGUUUUUAUGCUUCCAUAAACUCGUUGGAUUUUCGUUAAGCAAAAAACUGGGUCAUAGUUUUAUUGGUCCGUUACUUCCCUUAAAAGUUCUACAAGAUUAAAAACUAUAAAAUACUAAAAACAUUUUGAGAUUUUCUAUGAAAGUUACGAAGAGGAAAAUUUUGUUCCACAAAAUCCUAUAAUUAGGCAAUAAUUAGCCUGAAUUUUGAAUUUUUUCAUCAAACAUUUUCAUUUAUCAAUAUAAACAACUAUGGCGUUCACCGAUUUUCAAACAGUACGAUGAUUAUAUACAAACAAAAAUGGUUACGGAAGUCAGAAAAUACGAGCAAGCUGCCGUAAAGGAUAUUUUGAAAAAUAUUUUAUUUUCGAGUAUAAUCUACUACAUAGGCUACCUCAACUUCUCAAUUACAUGGGCGAUACUUCUAUCUUUACUGAAUGUUUUAAAUAAAGAAAGAAAACGAAUUUGGGAUAGCAGAACACAGUUUGUAAGGAAAUCUGAUGAUGGAAAGGAAAAAGAUGUAAUUUUGGAUAACGUCCAGGACCUUCCAGCUUGGGUAAGUUGGACAAAUAUUUUGCGUUCUUGCGAGAAUAAAAACGUAUCACUCUUCUAUAACCUCUAUACCUUCAUUGGAGGUACCGAAACGACUAUAAAUGGCCAAGUCAAAGCCGACAACAGCACAAAGAAACUAAUUUAUUCUAAGACUAACCUAAAAAAGUGCUCUUAGUGAGCAUGGAUCAACUCUGUAUGGUUAAUGGAGCUUCUAAUAGAACUCGAUGGCCUGAAAGAACGCCUACAUAAAAUAGUUCUGUAUAAUUGCGAUCUAAACUGCAAGAAAUGUGGUGAGAAACAAAAUCGGCGUUUCAUGUACUCUGACUCAGCGAAUUCAGACUAGGUAGAAGGGGUAAGCCAACGAUUUGUUUGUCUCCAAAAUCGCAGUCUGUCUGUAGUCAAGAUGAAAGUGCAUACUACAGUUCUGUUAUAAAAUUCGUAUUGUUAGUUUCAUUUUUUUAAAGUGUGAGUCUGCAGAUAAUUGUGUUAGACAAUUUCAGGACGGGGUACUUCUUUUGCAAAGAGCGGCACAAGCCUAAUGAUGCUUCCCACCGUUAGGUAUUAUGAUUAUUAUGUGUAUACAACGUUGUCACUUUGGUAGGCAGUGGUAGUCAAAUGAGGCAAAAUUCACUAAAACUCCGGAUUCCUAGACUUCCUCAGAGAAAGAGACUCUAGAAGCGGAUCUAAAAUGACGUGUUUUUCCCAGAUGUCGAAAGGGCUGAAUGGAUCAACAAAAUAAUAAAACAAUUCUGGCCUAACAUCAAUUAUUAUGUACGAGACAUUUUAAAAGAUUCCGCUGAAAUAGCUUUGAGGAAAAACCUACAAGGAUAUGGUUUGAGGGGGUUCACUUUUGAAAGAAUAGUUCUCGGUAAUGUGCCAUUUAGGACAGGUGGAAUUAUCGUAUAUGAGAAUGUAUCUAGAGAUGAGAUUGUCAUGGAUAUCGACGUUACUUACGCUGGAGACUGUGACAUUAAAUUCCGCAUCAGUCGCCUUAAAGGAGGGAUCAAAAACUUCCAGCUCUUUGGGAAUUUACGGGUUGUACUAAAACCAUUAAUACCUACAUUACCAUUGGUCGGAGGAGUUCAAAUUUUCUUUUUAAAUGCUCCUGAAAUUGAUUUUGAGCUAGAUGGAAUCGUUGGCGUUCUAGAAUUUCCCGGACUAAGUGAUUGCUUGCGGAAAUGUGUGAAAGACACUUUGGCAUCUAUGAUAGUUUUACCCAACAAAUUCCCAAUAGUGCUGACCAAAGAGAUCAGCAGUGAAAAACUGAAGACUCCUAACCCUGUUGGCGUUCUAAGAAUACAUAUUAUCGAAGCAAAGAACUUGCUGAAGAAAGAUCUUACAAUAACUGGAAAGGGAAAGUCAGAUCCUUACGCAGUGCUUGCUGUUGGAGAACAAACGUUCAAAACCGAAGCUAUCAAAAAUAACGUGAAUCCGAAGUGGGAUUCUUGGGCUGAGUUUGUUGUAUUGGAUUAUAAUGGCCAAGAGUUGCAAAUGACUAUUUGGGAUGAGGAUCAAACAGUCGAUGAAUUCUUAGGAAGGGCUUCAGUGGAAAUAUCAGCACUAAAGCUCGCUGGGCAAAGUGAUAUGUGGUUAACUUUAGAGGAGGUGAAACAUGGGAAAGUGCACAUACGAUCUACGUGGUUGACUUUAUCUAACAAUUAUGAAGACUUGAAAUCGGCCAUCUAUGAGACACAACAGCUACAAGUGCCAAACAUGAAUUCUGCUUUGUUGAUAGCUUUCAUUGAUUCUGCAACCAAUCUUAAGCAAGUUAAGGCGUCAACCAAACCAGACACUUACGUGCAACUGCAGCUAGACAAGCAAGUUAAUUCCACCAACAUUAUAAAAAGAAGUAUCAAUCCCGUAUGGGAAGAAGGAAUCAUACUUUUUAUAAAUAACCCAGAAGAAGAUUGUUUGAACAUCAAAAUAGUGGAUGCCAAAACUGAGACUGACUUGUACGAAUUUUUCUAUGAUAUCAGCAACUUGUCACAAUGUGAUGGACUUGAGUUUAUUAAAGAACCAGUUAGACUCGACUAUGGAAAUGCCGAGGUUAAAUUGAUAUGGUCACUCCAUUUAAAGAUAUUUAAAAAUGAAAAUUUCGAGGAAUAUUUACAAAAGAGAACUUUGUCGACUUCAUCCACAAGCAGUCAACCAGCAAUAGAAAGAAAAGGUUCAAUUUCUAGUAUUGCUUCAAAACAAUCUACAAACAUAUCAGAUAUUGCAGAAACAGCGUUUGAUUCAAGAUCGUCUACUAGAUCCAAAAGUCCUGAGUCAUUUAUCUAUGGCAGGUCUUUACAGUAUGUGGGUGAGAUUAAUAUGACCCUACGGUACAGUCUUCAAAGACAGAGACUGAUAGCAACCAUACAAGGGCUUUCGAAUAUGCAUCAUGAUAACGAUAAGAAAGCCAGGGAUUUAUAUGUUAAGAUGUAUCUACUUCCAGAAAGAAAUAAAGCUUCUAAACGAAAGACACAGGUGGUUAAAAAUACGUUCAACCCAACGUUUGAUCAGCAGGUUGAGUUUCUGGUGCCCCAAGAAGAACUGAACUCGAAAAAGUUGGAGGUUUCUGUAAUAGAAGAGAAAAUGCUCAAAAAUGUAAUGAUUGCUAGAACGAUCAUUGAUUUACAAGAAGUCAGUCUACCAUUUAGUGGAUCUUUCGAUUUACACUUUAAGAAAUAUUAAUUAUGUAUUAUUAUAUUAGCUAAUAAAGUCCUGUUUUUGCAAAUUUACG